AUUAAACAUCUUAUUCUGAACUUCUUUCCACUUCUGAACUUCUUUCCACAACAUUGAAGUAGAAAAUAUUUCAAAAUCAAAGGGACAACAUUAGAGUUGAACAUUAUCGUCAAGCAACUAUUUUGUCAGCGUGUGUGCUGAUGUGAUGCCAUGUUGAGAUGGCUGGGAAGCUGUAAAGUGUGCUGUUGUGAGAAGGACGUCCGUGACGUUGAUGGUCAGAAACCUAUCAUGGCUGCUUCACAAAUAUCUACAGAUACUCUGGAGUCAACACAGGAAAUGAACAUGGAGACCGUGGCAACAGAACAGCCCCAGGCCAUACCUUCCCCUGCACCUCAAGGGUCCAAUAAAGCGUCUGUUUCGGUUGGGAAGGGUUUGUCUUCAAACUCAUUCAGCUUGGAGUCUCUACAGGACGAUGACCUUGGCACCUCUGUUGACAACCUUAUUGACCUUCAGUCCUCGCAAGGGGUGCAGCCUGACCUCUCGGCAGGCACAUCCCUCUCCAAUUCUGAUUGCGGGCUCGGUGUAAAGGCCCUCUCUGAUGAAGCUAGUGCCCCCCUUGCCUCUCCAGAAAUAAGCAGGGAUAAGUCUAAGAUGAUUGAUGAAAUUGUUGAGACAGUAAUAGACAGUGAGGUCAAAGUGGAUGAGUUGGCUAAACUUGCUGCUCAGAUUGAUGAUUUCGACCCUUGUGCAAUGUUGAAAAAGUCUGAGGUUAAGGUGACUGAAACCGAGGUUAAAUUUACUGAAGAUCUUGAUAUAAAUGAUGAAAAAUUGAUAGAUGAAUUGAUCAAGGACAACGAUAAAAAAGAUCUUAGUGGAAGUAAAAAUGACAGGGAAGCAACUCCUGAAAAUGAGAAUGAAGGUGGAAAUAAAAGUAAUGAAAAACAAUCCUCCUCUAAAUCAGAACAAGAGGAGAAUGGGGAGAAGACAAAUGGCUCAAUGUCAGCGAGCACAGAAUCAGACGGUUUCGAGGAGGGAAGCCCAGUAAAUGGUGAGGGUGAGGGUGGGGUGGGGCAGGAGAAGGUUCCAGAGCCCAUGCCCAAGAAAACAGUGAAGGAGGAGCGGGUGAUUGAACAGAAGCCCGAAAACCGGUCGCCCACCAAGACCAGCAAAAGCAAGAGAAAGGAGGACAAAGGCAUUGAGCACAUCCUGAAGGCGUUAAGCAGCCUGCAGUCGACAGAGGAGAAACUGGCAGCCCUGUGUAAGAAGUAUGCCGACCUUCACGAGGAUCACCGCAUCCUACAGUCAUCUUACAAACAAACACAGAGAAAACUCACCGUGACAAGUCGUGAGAAGGACCAGUUGCAGACGGAGCACACGAAGGCCGUGAUGGCGAAGAGCAAACUGGAGAGCCUAUGUCGGGAACUGCAGAAACACAACCAAACCAUACGGCAAGAAAGUCUGCAAAGAGCCAAAGAGGAGGAUGAGAAGAGAAAAGAAAUCUCCCAGAAAUUCCAGACGACUAUAGGAGAGAUUCAGACCCAGAUGCAGGAGAACCAUGAACGGAACAAACAACUGCGGGAGGAGAAUUUCGAACUUGCUAACAAACUCAAGAAGUUUAUUGAGCAAUCAGAGGCCAGGGAACAGCAAGUGUCAAAGGUGAUCCAGCACCGUGAACUAGAGCAGAAACUAGCAGACGCCAAGUUGGAGCAGGCCUCCGCCAUCCUCAUGGAGGAGCAGGGACGCUCACAAAAAGAGAAGGAACUGAUACUCCUUCAGUCCACAGAAUAUCUCAAGAAACUACAACUUAAAGAUCAAGAGCUCCAGAUGUACAAGGAGCGGUAUGAUGAGUUUCAGUCAACAAUCAAGAAGAGUGAGGAAAUGUUCUCAAAGUUUAAAACAGAAAUGGAUAAGAUGGGUAAGCGUUGUAAGAAGCUAGAGAAGGAUGGAGCCCAGUGGAAGACCAAGUGGGAGGGGGGAAACCGGGCACUCCUAGAGAUGGCAGAAGAGAAAACUCGCUAUGACAGGGAGCGAGGGAUGUUGAUGGCGAAGGUGAGCAAGCUUGAGUCUCUGUGUCGAGCCAUGCAGGCAGAGAGACAGGCAAGAAAACUCCUAGAGACAGAACAAAUGGCUGAUGAGAUGUCAAAACUGGGUCUGAAACCUGAAGAAAUGUCUGUCACAAAUGAUGCACCAGUAAUGGAGACAGAGGGGGCAGAGAUAGGGGGGUCAAGCUCACCGACAGAGGGGGCAGGGGACCUCUCAGUCAAUAGUGAUAACACCUCAUGUGCUUCAGAGCAGACUGGCACCACUGUGAUCAAGCAGGAACCGCUUGCCCCUGAUUCCAGCCAAUCGGAGGCUUCCUCUGAAGGAAACGGCCAAUCAGAAAAUCAAAAUCUUGAGGCCAACAGUCCCAGCCAAUCGGAAGACAAACAGGCACCUGAACCCAGCCAAUCAAAUGAAGAAUCUUGAUUGACCCUGUUUUGAAUUCAAUCUGUGUGCUGGAUAUUUUACUAAAAGACUAGAUCCAUUUAAAUAAUAAUUAUUGAACAAAGAUUGUGAAAAAGAACUUAUCAUUAUUUUGGUAACAUUCUAGUAUGCAGUGUUUCUGUGUCAUUUGUUUGCAUACUCAUUUCUAUACAAUUUGCAGCAGCAACAUAGUUGUUUAGCAAUGUUUUCAUGACAAAAAUAAUCAUUUUUUCCCUUAAUUCAAGUAAAAUGGAAACACCGUGUUAUUUUACAAAUGAAUUUUCAGAAAAAUAAUGACAUGUCAUAUAAUGUCAUUUCAUUAGAGUGAAAAUAUUUUUAAUUCUAAAGCUGUAUGGACAAGCUUAAAAUCAUGCAGGCUGGUAAGAAGGCUUUUAUAUAUGAAAUCAAUUGUAUUUUGAUGGUCACAGAUUAAUAGUUUCACAUAUACAUGUUUGUACUGAUGUCUGGGACGUAUUAAGAUAGUUGAACAACUUAUCUUGUGCUUUGCUUGUGUGUUGUUUAUUUAUUGCGAAUAAAUGUCCGACCUUGAGAAUGGUAAUGUUCGAACAAAAAACAUAUGCAUGUUAUCACCACAAUGUAACAUUAUGCGCAUUGCCAUGUCUGGUCAAGUACAUAUUGUACUUUAGUAAAACUUUUGAUAUUUGUCAAAAGAAAUAAAGGUUUGUUUAUGACAA